AUGGAGGUCCAAAACGAAGUUAGCCAAAACCCAGGCGCACAUUUUAAGAAAAAAAAAAAAAAAAAGCGCGAGAGGAGGGGGAACAAACGGGCGCACGCUCCGAAAGGGGAUGUAGCGAGGGGGAGAAAUGUAUGCAAUAAGAAGAGUAGAAAAAAUAGCGACAAGGAAAAUGGCCCCACUGGAGACAACCCCGGUUGCCGCACCUACAACCGCAACGACAUCCACGCCUAUAAUCGCUACCACCACCUGAGGGGUCACCGCCAGCACAACGAGCACACACACGAUGCAGGCUUCACCCCUGGGGAGUUCGGACGCAGCUGCGACGACCAGAAUAUGAUGGCCCACGCGGAAAGCAAAAACUACAAGGGGGUGGCACCUGACGAAAAUCAAGACACCACCAUGUCCACGUACGAUGAUAACACGAUGGAAGAAGGAGACAACACACAGCACUGCGACAUGCAUGACGUAUGGAUUACACUUUGCCAAUAUCUCAAUUGCAUGCAAAAAAAGGAUUACAUAAAUGAGGAAAACGCACACUCCGAAUUGACGGUGCCCCCAAAUGAGAUUUUCACAACUUCUAACUUUUUCUGUCGUAAGAAUAACUUUUUUUGCAGUGCACAUGAGGAGGAUCAUUCGACUGUUCAUUCGGCGGACGCCACCAAAGCGGGGGGUAUCUUCUGUUGGAGGGCCCCCCAUCAGCGUGGUGAGGGUGAGGGUGAGGGUGAAUGUGCGGAUGAGCGAUGUGGCCCUACGCAGGGAGGGGAAGACGCUCUUCAAGGGGGCGAUGCUAACCAGAGGAGCGCAAAUACGAACAUGUCGAUCAUUCACAACGUUGGCAGCCGCAACAGUGAGAAUGACCCCUUGGGGGGGGAAUUCCCAGACGGAGGAGACCACCCCCCCCGCCUGCACAACGCCAAUGAGGAGGAUGAACAAGGAGAAAAACAAAAAAUAAAUAUACGAAUCAUGAGCGAUGGUAAAGAAGAGUCACAUUAUGGGAGUGCAAACAACCUGAAUGCUUCGUCAUCCUUCUUUUCCAAACACACAAGUGAAAAAAAUAAUUUGGGGGACCCUGCUGAGGGGAUCAAUCCUCUCGUCAGUUUAGACCCCCUCAACAGUGGAGGCAAAAUUGACAGAAAUGUCAUCUUCAUACAAGUGCGAAAUUUCUCGCAAAAAAUUGACGAGUAUAUUUCGGACGAGAAAAUUUUCAGAGCGCAAAAGUUAAUCCUGCACGUGAAGAAAUACGUAGAAUUUUAUAUUAGCUAUUUCAAAAAAAUGAACGAUGAAGAAGCGGUUCAAAUGUUAACAAAUUAUUAUGAGGAGAACUGUACGGAUAAGAAUAGCAGUUAUAAUGUGAACAAUUUAAAAGUCCACAUAAUUUUUUAUUUUUUAAAUUUUUUCCGCUUGCACGAGAUGUCAAAUAUGCUGCAGGAUUAUUCAUACUACUUUUCGGUAGACAAGAACAACAGCGUAUCCUCUGACACGAUGAGCAACAGCUUGGACAACAACACUUCGCGCACCCUGGGCGAGGACGCGAAUUUGCACAGGAAAUCCUCUGCGCUUCACUCCGCUGGCCACUCCGCCGGCCACUCCGUCGGCCACUCCGCCGUCAACUUCGACGAGGGGCUCCCCUGCGGCUCGUCCGCCAUGGGGCUCAGCCUGGACGGCGAAGUAAGAAGUGAGCAUAAUAGCGAAGUGAAAAGUGCACAAAUCGGCGAGGGUCCAAAUGAGGAUCAACAGGCGGAACAACAGGCGGACCAACAGGCGGACCGCCGUGCUGCCCCACGUGCCGCCCCACCUGCCGACCGAGGCGAAGAGCCAGCAGACCCAAACGAGCGCCCCGCGGGCGACCACCCCAGCGGCAGCAACCCGGCCGACGAAGAGGAACAAGCAAAACGAGAGAGUCAAGUCAUUGUGGACAAAAUGUAUCAUCACCAGUGCAACGGCUCCAGCAUCUUCAGCAGCAACAAAGUCUCCGUCACGAAGAAAAAUUCAAAAGAAGAAACUAACAUGAAUACAAAAGGAAGUAAUCGCCAUAUGGUGAAAAUUAUUCAAAAAUAUUCAAGACGAUUUAAAAACUUUAGAAAAAUGAAACAAAACAAAGAAGGAUGGGUUAAAGAAAAUGAUAAAUAUUUGGAUUUGUGGCACCGAGUUGAUAGCGAAAAUAAUGUUUCUGUGCAUAUACGGGCGAAGCUUCCCUACGAGGUCAGCAAGAUUUUGUCCAUUAUCAGCGAAACGGAGCUAAGCACUCACUGGGUGCCCUUCCUGACAUCCUCCGAGAAAAUCAAAAGCCUGUCGAAAUCCAGCGCCCUCAUUGCGCAGCUCUACGAGUACCCCAUCAUAGGGAAGAAGGAGUCCCUCAUGUACUGCCUGGGCGCCAACUCGCUGGAAGAGCUGGGCUGCAUAAUCCUCUGCUGCAAGUGCCCCCCGGAGCAGAAGAAAGACAUCCAGUUCUACCAAAACAUGUGCGAGCAAAUGAACAUAAACAAGAAUGAGGAAAUACUAAAGGUAAAGGAAACCCCAUUGAAAUUCAGAAAGGUAAAAACAGAAGUCACCUUUUUUGACUGCCAGCUGCCAGAACCCACACCCAAAAUAGACAGACAAAGGGCAGCCAAUCUGUGCUUCUUAAUAUACCCACUGAAUAAUGGAAACGCCACCGUCCUCGAGCUAUUCGUUCAUUUCGAAAAUGAGUUUAAGUACACGCCCAUCAAAAUGGUCACUUAUUUUAUUAAAAAAAUUGUAAAAAAUAUGUACGAGAAUAUCAUCAAGGCGUGCAAAAAUUACGACGCCAUUUAUUCCGACCGGCUAACCACCAACCAGGAAUUUUACCUCUGGCUCGAUGACCAAAUUAAGAAGUACACCAAGAGCAAGCACCAGGCCAAGUUCAUUGAUUCGAUAAGUCUCGAGAGCUACCACGAGCCGGAGAACAGCGACCCGCUCUAG